AUGAAUAGUGCAAUUACAAACAGUCAUGAUCACGAUGAACUGCAGUCAAUUCAACGUCAAAUCCAUGAGAAAAAAACGGGUAUGCUUGAUUUAACUCGCCGUAUGGUUGGAUUGAUCAAUGAAUCUGAAACUGUGGGAGUCAAUACGGCUGCUGAAUUAAUUGAGCAACGAGAAAAAUUAGAAAAUAUUGAAAAACGCUGUGAUGGUAUUGAUGCUAAUCUUGUUAGUGCACAACAAAAUAUAAAUAAAUUAAAUUCAAUAUUUGGUGGAAUUAAAAAUUAUUUUCAUCCGCCGAAAAGUAGUAUGCCAAAAUCAGCUUCGCAACCACAACUGAGCAAUGCAGCUAAAAAGAAAACAGCUGUAGUACAGCAAGCUGCUGCAACAGCAAUCAAUACAAGACCAACGAAUCUUAACAACGAUACUGAUACUUAUUUUGGAAAAGCACGUAGCGGUAUGGAUGAUAUUGAACGUGAAACUGAGGACGGCCUUCAUGAUGUUCAUCAAGGUGUGAAUCGUCUCAAAUUACUUGCCUUACAAAUGAACGAAGAACUAGAAAGUCAAAAACCAUUAACCGAUCGAAUGCAUAUGUUUCCACUUGGCCGUGUUGUUUAUAUGCCUUUGUCAACAUCAACAGGCGCUGCUACUGGAACUACGACAACUCUUUUAGGACCUGUGCCCGCAGACUUUUCAUCUUCUCAAACGAUUCCUCUGUAUAAUACUACACUUUUAAGUAAUCCAUUCAACUUGUGCACGACCACCAAGUUCGAACACAAUGCACUUCAACAAGCAUUACCAACAUUGUCUCAUGGGUAUAAAAGACUACGCGAUGAUCUCCAUGACACUCAACAAUCGAUAUGGCCUAAAAAAAGAUGUAAACUCUCACCAUCGCAAUCUUCGUCAUUUUCCUUAAAUCAGCCAUCAGCAAAUAAUAAUAAUAAUAACAAUAAUAAUAAUAAUAAUAAUAAUAAUAAUAAUAAUAAUAAUAAUAGUAUCAGUAAUAAUAGCGAUAGUACAUCACCAUCAUCAAAAAAUGCACUUAUGUUAUUACAUGAACUUAAGCCUUCAGUUGAAUAUAAGCUUGUUGCGCAAACAGGUCCAUCUCAUCGACCUAUUUUUACUAUGGCUGUUGAAGUUAAUGGACAAAUAUUUGAAGGCAUGGCUCAAACAAAAAAAGAAGCAAAACAAGCAGCUGCUGAAAAAGCCCUUCGCUCAUUUUCCGAUUUACCUUUCCAAUUACCUGAUGAUGUAGCUAGUGAAUCUGAAACAUCAACAACGAUAACAACAACAGCAACUAAUACUAAUAGUGAUUCAACCAAUGAUAAUUCUUCGUUAUUAAUUGAAAACGAUGAUAGUAUUCAACGAACUACUCAAAGUCCGAAUCUUGUAGAACCACGUGAAAUUCAAAGUGGUCUAAGUCCUCUUUAUCUUCUUAAUCAACUUAAACGUGACGCUCAAUUUGAAGCCAUAACAGACAAUGCAUCAUCGUCAACAACUGAACCACGUGAGUUUCGAUUUGCUGUUAUCGUCGAUGGCCAACGUUUCAUUGGCAUGGGACGUAACAAAAAAAUAGCUAAAACAAGAGCAGCACAGCUUGCAUUAGAAAAAUUAUUUGGCAUGUGUUUUGAUAAAGAAGGAGGUGUUCCAAUAGAAAGUGAUACUCUUCCAACUGAUCUACCCUAUUCUCGUCGUGAUCUUGCUGAUCGUAUUGCAGCGUGUAUACAAGAAAAAUUUAAUCAGUUAACUAAUAAUGAUGUUCGUCUACAACGACGAAAAGUUUUAGCUGGUGUCGUUUUGUCACGUAAUUAUAAUCUGGAAACAAUGGAAGUUAUUUCUAUCACAACAGGCACGAAGUGUAUCGGCGGUGAUCGUCUUACAUUGAAUGGACAAUCGUUAAAUGAUUGCCAUGCCGAAAUCAUAUCUCGUCGUUGUCUUAUUCGUUAUUGUUAUCAACAGUUGAAACUUUUAAUUGAGGAUAAUAAUGACGAAUCGAUUUUUGAAAAAAUUCCAGAUAGUGAUCGAUUUCGACUUCAUUCAUCGAUUGCUUUUCAUUUAUAUAUUUCGACAUCACCUUGUGGUGAUGGACGACUUUUUGCACCACAAGAAAGUGCAUCCGAACAGCCCGUAUCGACAACACUGAAUCAAGAUCAAAAUAUAAAACAAAUAGGACAUUCUUUACGAAAAUCUCGUGGUUUAUUAAGAACAAAAAUCGAAGCAGGCGAAGGAACUAUACCUGUUAUGGCAAAAAGUUUAUAUCAAAGUAUGCAAACAUGGGAUGGAAUAUUGGGUGGUGAAAGACUGUUGACCAUGUCUUGUUCAGAUAAAUUAUGUCGAUGGAAUUUUAUCGGUUUACAAGGUGCCUUAUUAAGUGCAUUGAUCGAACCAAUCUAUUAUACUAGUAUUAUUAUUGGAAGUCUCUAUCAUAGUGAACAUAUUCGACGAGCAUUAUUUGCGCGAAUUGAAAAAUUAGUGAAAAACAUUCCAGCUCCGUAUGGUUUACGUCGGCCAUUUAUUUCUGGUGUUAGUAAUUCAGAAAUGCGAACCACUUCUCGAGCACCCAAUCAUGCUUUCAUGUGGAAUUGUGUUGAUCAGAAAUGUGAAGUUAUUGAUACUUUAAGUGGACUAACAACUUCUCGUGAGUCCUCUGUUAUAUCAAAAGCAGCCUUGUUUCAGCAAUGGUUAGCGUUAAUGAAGCAGCUUAAACCAGAUUGCACACCAAUUAUCUAUUGUGAUGCUAAACAAUUAGAAGUUAAUUAUCAAACAGCUAAAAUGGAGAUUAACAAAGCCUUUCAAAAAGGUGGAUUCGGCUUAUGGAUUAUAAAACCACAUGAGCAAGAUGAAUUCGAUCUAUCUUGUUUCAAUCCAACACUACACCAUCAAAUCAAUGAACCCAUGCCGUCCGUAGACUGA